AUGGCGGCUGCGGCGCUGCUGCUGUUGCUGCUGCUGUUGCUGUCGUCACUGUCGCUGGCGGCGCUGCUGCGGCGGGACGAUGGGCGCGGCCCGCGCUGGGGGGCGCUGCACCUCUUGCACCCGCAGGGGGCGCUGCACCUGAGCCGCCUGGCGCGGCGGCACGGGCCCGUGCUGCGCCUGCGCUUGGGGGACCGCGCUCCCGACGCUCCACCCAAAACCCCCACCCCAGGAUUCACCACUUGGUUUGGGACCCCCCAGUUUUGUGGUCCUCCUCAGCUCCUCCUCUUCCCUGCAGAUGUGCUGGUGCCGAGCUCGGUGGGGACCAUCCGUGAGGCGCUGGUCCGGCACUGGGGGGACUGGCUGGGCCGCCCCACCAGUUAUCUGGGGUCGCUGGUGUCACGGGGGGGCCGGGACCUGGCACUGGGAGGCCCCUGCCCUGGCUGGCGGCGGCAGCGGGUAGCAGUGCGGGGGGCACUGGCACAGGCUGGGGGGCGUCUCGGGCCCCUCCUUUGGCUGCAGGGCCAGAAGUUGUGUGAGGAGCUGCGUUCCCAUGGGGAGGCCCCUGUGGACCCCUUUGAGGUGUUCACCUUCCAUACCUGCAGCACCAUCGCACGCCUCCUCUUUGGAGACCUGGUGUCCCCUCCAGGGGAGCUCCGGGCCUUCUCCCGCUGCUUGGGGGAGCUGCUGCAGGUUUGGGGGCACAGCAGCGUACGGGCGCUUGAUCUGCUGCCCCUGUUGCGGGCCCUGCCCAACCCAGGAUUGAGGAAGCUGCUGCAGCUUGUCCAGCACCGUGACACCUUCGUGGAGGCCCAGAUCCAGCGGCACCAGGCAUGCCCCUCCCCUCCCCCAGACACAGUUUUGGGGGCACUGCUGGGGCAUAAUUCUGGGGCACGGGGUGGCUCCCUGAGCCCCCCCCGGCUGCACAUGGCGCUGGUCGACCUGUUCAUUGGGGGCACUGAGACCACGGCGGCUGCUCUGGGCUGGGCUGUAGCCUUCUUGCUGCAUCGUCCUGAGCUGCAGGCACGGCUGCGGGCAGAGUUGGAGGGUGCACAUGGACCCCCUGGGCCGGGGGACAUGGGGCGCCUGCCCCUUCUUCAGGCCACCGUCAGCGAGACUCUGCGGCUGCGGCCCCCUGCACCUCUGGCGCUGCCCCACUGCGCCCUGCGCCAUACCAGUCUUGGGGGGCUCCCCGUGGUGGCUGGCACCGUCUUGGUCCCCAACCUGCUGGCAGCCCAACAGGACCCUGACAUCUGGCAGAACCCUGAGGUCUUCCUGCCCGAGCGGUUCCUGGCCCCGGGCGCCCCCUCGCGGUCACUGCUGCCGUUCGGCUGCGGGGCGCGCUCGUGCCCGGGGGAGGGUCUGGCGCGGGCGGAGCUCUUCGUGUUCCUGGGGCUGAUCCUGCGGGAAUUCCGUCUGGAGCCGGGCCCGGGGGGACUGCCGGGGCUGAGGGGGUCGCCGGGUACGGUGUUGCGCUGCCCCCCCUUUCGCCUGCGCAUGGUGGCUUGCCAGCGCUCGGGCUCACCCUGACCUGACUCCAACUGGCCACUUUAUUACUUUUCCUGAACACUCUAUGACUCACCUGACUUUUUCUGACCCUUCCUGAACACACUUGACUUCACCUGACUCUGUGUGACUCUGCCUGAACCUGGCGGACCUUGACCCCCUGACCGACCCCACCUGACCUUGGCCUCACCCUUGCCAGCCCUAUGCCUCACUUUGACACUGGCUAUGACCCUAGCUGUGACCCUAGCUAACUCCAUCUAGCCCUGCUUGAACGCUGUGUGACUCCAUCCCAACUCACCUGACCCUUACUAACCACACCUGACCCUACCUUGUCCCUGCCUGACCCCCGGGUGGCCCCAUUCAACACCCCAGAUGCCAGGGUCAGUGCAGUGUGGGAGGGCCCCAUUUUCCUCCUCCCAAUAAAAUUUAUA